CAACCAGCUUUCAUUCACUGAGUGGCCGCUCUGUGGAGAACAACAGGCUACCUCCAUCUGUCCUGUGAUGCUGCACAGCUAUGGGACAAAGGAGACAUUAUGAAUGAAGGUUGCUAUCCAACAAAGAGCCAUAAAAUCCAGUUGAGAUCCUAAAAUAAUGGAGCACAUCUUUGCUAUCAAUUACGUGUUUUUAAUAUAUUUUUUAACCAACUUGCUUUAAGACAUUACUUUGAGGUGUUCAGUCCUUAAAGGUGAUGGUGUCCUGUACCCAGUCACAGCACCACUGUCUUAGUGGUUUGUAAGCAUAUUGUGACUUUCAUGUUCAAGAGAGGCUUUUUCAAAGAGAGCCCAGCUGCUGUAAAUAUGUGUACUAAAACAUGCACAUAGCCAGAGGGGGUCAGUCCGCCCCAGUCUUACUGACAGGGCAGAGUCUUUCUUCUACUGAGUCCUGAUGUGGCACUAGUUUCUGACAAACCUCUCAGCACAGUCAGGAGUCAACAAAAGCCGCACCAUGACGUCCUCAGACAACGACGAAACGGGCAGCGACCUGUCUGAGUCUCUGGAGAUCUGCGAGCUCCAGGACCAGUACACGGACCCAGAAAACUGCUUCAAGUCUAAAAGCUUACCCAUCCUGAACGGACCCUGUCGGCCGGAUCGAAAGGCUGCAGAGCUGGUCAACACCGCCCACACCUGCGUGGCUGUGCAGGAGAACAACGAGCUCCAGCCAAAAACCCCCGACUCCAGCCAGGCAGAGUCGCCCUCUUCCAGGACUGACUUCUCCCCCUCUGCCUCCAGCAUGGUGGGGCUCAGCAGCUCUCUGCCUGUGGAGGGCCACAGGGUGGCUGGUGGCAAAAAACUUGGUUUCUCUCUCACCCGCCUUAUCCGCAUCCCGGCCAGAAAGUACGUUCGGGUCAUCCUGAGUGACUCCCGCUGCUUUCUGUUCUGCAUGUGCUACCUGACCUUUAUCCAGUCGCUGAUGGUUUCUGGCUACCUGAGCAGCGUCAUCACCACCAUCGAGAAGCGUUACAGCCUGCGGAGCUCCGAGUCCGGCCUGCUGGUCAGCUGCUUUGACAUCGGCAGCUUGCUAGUGGUGGUCUUCAUCUCGUACUUUGGCGGUAGAGGUCAGAGACCACGGUGGCUGGCUGUAGGUGGUGUGGUCAUUGCCAUAGGGGCAGCUUUGUUUUCCCUACCACAUUUCAUCUCACCUCCUUACCAGAUACAGGAGAUGAACUCAUCAGCAGGUCACGAAGGCCUCUGUCAGAGUAGUAACAGCAGCGGGCGAGAGCUUGACGUGGCAUCCUGCCCUCGAGACCAGGAAGGCAACGAGCACAACCUGUAUGUGACUCUGUUCAUCUGUGCCCAGAUACUCGUCGGCAUGGGGUCAACGCCGAUCUACACCCUUGGGCCCACGUACCUGGACGACAAUGUGAAGAAAGAAAAUGCAUCCCUCUACCUAGCCAUCAUGUACGUGAUGGGAGCUCUGGGACCUGCAGCUGGCUACCUGCUGGGAGGCGUCCUCAUCGGCUUUUAUGUCGACCCAAAAACUGUAGUCAACAUUGACCAGAGUGACCCUCGCUUUGUUGGCAACUGGUGGAGUGGCUUUCUCUUGUGUGCCAUAGCCAUGCUCCUGGUUAUCUUCCCCAUGUUUGCCUUCCCUAAAAAGCUGCCUCCUCGCCACAAAAAGAGGAAAAAGAAAAAGAUGGGUUCGCCAGGGGAUGUCUCCAGCGACGAUGAAAUGAUGAAGGAAAAGUCCAGUAGCAAAGGACAGAAUGUCUCCUCCUCUAUGGGCUUUGGAAAGGACAUCAAAGACCUCCCCAAGGCAGCUCUGAGGAUCCUCAGCAACAUGACCUUCCUGUUUGUCAGCCUGUCGUACACAGCAGAGUGUGCCAUCGUCACCGCCUUCAUCACCUUCAUCCCAAAGUUUAUUGAGUCACAGUUUGGUAUCCCCGCCUCAAACGCCAGCAUUUACACUGGUGUGAUCAUCGUACCUAGUGCAGGGGUGGGCAUCGUGUUGGGAGGCUACAUCAUUAAGAAGCUAAAGCUUGGCGCCAGAGAGUCGGCCAAGCUGGCCAUGAUCUGCAGCGGCGUGUCUCUGCUUUGCUUCUCCACGCUCUUUAUUGUUGGCUGUGAGAGCAUCAACCUUGGAGGCAUCAACAUACCGUACACCACCGGGCCGACUCUGACGAUGACCCACAGGAAUUUGACAGGCAGCUGUAAUGUGAACUGUGGCUGCAGGAUCCACGAGUACGCUCCGGUCUGUGGCUCAGACGGCAUCACCUACUUCAACCCCUGCCUGGCUGGAUGCAGCACUGUGGGCAACGACAGCACAGGGAUCAGGAACUACACAGAUUGUGGCUGCGUUCAGAGCAGACAGGUCAUCACGCCGUCCUCUGGCGGGCAGGUCAACCAGCUGCAGCUCGUCAUCGUCAAAACUUACCUGAACGAGAACGGCUACGCCGUGUCGGGGAAGUGUGACCGCACCUGUAACACCCUCAUCCCUUUCCUCAUCUUCCUCUUCAUCGUCACCCUCAUCACCGCCUGUGCCCAGCCCUCGGCCAUCAUCGUCACGCUCAGGUCUGUUGAUGAGCAGGAGCGGCCUUUUGCUCUUGGCAUGCAGUUUGUGUUGCUACGAACUCUGGCCUACAUCCCCACGCCCAUCUACUUUGGCGCAGUGAUCGACACCACCUGCAUGCUGUGGCAGCAGGACUGCGGCGUGCACGGCUCCUGCUGGGAGUACGACGUCACCUCCUUCCGCUUCGUCUACUUCGGCCUGGCCGCCAGCCUCAAGUUCGUGGGCUUCAUCUUCAUCUUUCUCACCUGGUACUCGAUCAAGCACAAGGAGGAGCGGGCUGAGCGCUGGCGCCAGCACCUGCCUCCACUAGGCACCGUCAGCGAGCUCAUCUGCCACGCCGGCGGCCAGAAGAGCCACGCCCGUACCCGCUCCUGCCCCGUCUUCAUCCCGCCACGGCCCGACCCGCCUGCCGCGCUGCUGCUCAGCCGUGGACACAGCAGCCUCAGCUGCCCCGGCAACGCCCUCAAAGCAAUAACCCCGCCUAUUCUGGUACCGCAUCACCACAGAGGCUCCGCCCACGUCUGAGAGCCGCACAGCCUCCCUCUGGGCUUCAUCGUGACAUGUGCCUUCCUGCACCACAGCGAUCAGACACCAGGUGGGGCUUGAACCCUGACACAGGCCGCCCACCUCACCCAAAGGGCUGCUCUUUGUCGUUUAUUGUAACAGGAGGCUGACGGAUGAUCUUAUCCUCAGAGCAUAUCAUCAGCUGCAGCCACAGAUGCUCAGACCUCCACCUCAAGGUUCGGACCAUGUAAAGAAGUCACAUGGUGCUACUGUAAGCGGGCAGGGCAUUACAAUCUCUGUACAGACAUCUAAAGCACAAGUGACAAACCUGUACUAUGCAAGAUCCAAUGUACAGCUUUCCCUUCUCAGUACUGUACAGCUCCCUCUGUCCUACACCUGUACCUCCUCUGUCUUCCCUGCUUCACUCACUCAUACCAUCAUGUGUCAAAAAUCUCCUCGUAUUGAGCCAUUCCAUCCCUCUAAUUUAUCCUCUCUUGUCCUUCUUUUUUCGUAUCAGUGCCUCUCAGGCUGUCUCGGCCAGUCCAGUAUUCAAAGCUAGCAACCAGGUUAAAGCUAGCUACCAAAAAAGCCAGUCACUGUCCUCUUAGUGAGCGACGCUCUUCUGCUUUGUUUCCCUCAGCUUUGUGUGUUUACGAACAGACGGAGACAAAGUUCCUCGCCUUGGAAAACCAUGUAGCUAAAAGCCGACAUGCACCAACGGUACAGUGUUAAACCAAGUGUUGUCAGGGGAGCAGGGCAUCGUUAUUUAAUUUCACAUUAAAGUGUAAUUAUUAGAAUGGAAUAAGAACGGUGUCACAUCUCUGACCAUGUGCUGAAGCUACUGUAUGUCCAAAAGAUGUGAUUGUACUUGAAACUGGAAACACAACCAAGAUUCAGAACCAAACAAAAGCUGUUCUUUUGUAUCAAAAUGACCCAUUUUAAAAAUCUUGACUGAUUUGUAUCUACUGCUGCAAUCAAAAGCAACACAAAAGACGCAUCAUUUUGGCUUUGUGUAACGGCUUCUCCAUUCUUAUGGUCACCAGAUGUACAUAAUAGUAAUCUAGUAGAUUAGGCUUUAAAAAGUAGUGCAGAAAGCAUGUUGAAAACCAACUUUCAUCAGCGAUAUGAUCAGAUUCUGGGUGUUUGGCGCCCUCUAGUGGGCAAAGAGAAGAUUGCGUGAAGGCCAGUGAAUGUUGCUGUUUGUCAGACCUGCUGUAAGAAGAGAUUCAUGGUUAUUUAAGCUUGAUCACUGCAAUGAAUUUAUCCCUCAAUGCAAAAAAAACCUUGACUGUAUGCCACAUUAAGGCUGUCCAGCAGUGUUUAGUUAAUGGCACAAAUCUGAGGAGGGUUGGAUGUUUUAAAAGAAUUUUCUAAUUUUCUCUGACUUUAGUCUCUUGUGAUGUUAAAGCAUCUUAUAAAACAAGCUUCCUUUGAAAAGUGCUAAAAGGUGCACACAAACAGUCUUCAGUGGACAAAUUUUAUCUUUAAAAAAAGUCGAAUAAAGUUGUUUAAAUUUGAUCAUUUCAGUUCUAGAAACUUAAAGGAUGGAGAAACUGAUGCAGUGAAAGUUUUUGGCCAAGGUUCAUGUUGUACUGCCGGGUCAUCAUGAUAGAUCCGCGAAUGAUUUUAGUAUUACCGUGACUUUAGUACCUCAAAUGACAUAUUCAGAAGUGAUCAUUGUGUAAAUACUGACAAAGCAAAUGAAGCGUAUUCUAGAGCUCACACAUAGUUAGGAGCAUAUUUAUGAUCUAACCCCAUGCCAUUGUAGACUCAAAUAUAAAGACUUAAAGCUACAAAAGGGUUACUUUGGUGCCUGAGCAGUAUUACUCACAUGGGAAGUUUUUACGUCUUAUGGGGAGGGAGUUGGGUUAAAAACAGAGCUUUUUUUUAAUUGUCGAAAGGAUGAACAAGUUUUGCUACCCAGAAUGCCCUUCUUCUCUUCAUGUGUGAUGAUUCUCUGCCUGCCCUCUAGAGCUCAGUGUUUCCCACAGCCUUCAAAACUUUUAAAAAAUGUAAAGUUUAUCCCAUGUGACAGUCUGAAAUGCUGCAGACCUAAAAACAAACAUGACUAAAAUGUGUUUUGAUAAAAAGAAACAGGUGCUGUGGAGCAAACACUGCUCCCUUUGCAGGUCAGGGCAGAGAAUCCUGCAGUAAAUCCACACGGAUCAUAUCCACAGUAAAAGCAGGGAAGUCUGCUGCUACUGUACUGUAAACCUGCUGCUCAAACACCUGGAUUUCUGCUGACACACACCACUUCAGGUUGACUGGACAUUUUUUGCUUUAACUCGAGUUCUUUUUCGACAGUAUUUGAACUGAAAGUGAAUUUCCCGGACAGAACAAGAAGAUGUGUUCUGAAAGUCGAGCUCUUAUUGCUUUUGUUCCUCAGGAGCAGAAGUCCUAAUUGAUGUUUGUGAACAUUUGGUUUAC